AUGAUGGGCGGGUUCCUCUCCAGGGUCCUCCUGUUGGCUUUUGGCUAUGCCUAUCCUGCCUAUGAAUGCUACAAGACUGUUGAACUGAACAAACCAGAGAUUGAGCAGCUCAUAUUUUGGUGUCAGUAUUGGAUUUUAGUUGCCCUGUUGACAGUUUUGGAGAGAUUUGGAGAUUUUACAAUAUCAUGGCUACCGUUUUACUCGGAAGCAAAGCUGAUGUUCUUUGUAUACUUGUGGUACCCUAAGACAAAGGGAACUACAUAUGUUUAUGGGACUUUCUUUAAGCCAUAUAUUUCUCAGCAUGAGAAUGAAAUCGACCGGAAUCUCCUUGAGUUGAGAGCUCGAGCCACCGAUAUGGUUGUCCUUUAUUUCCAGAAGGCUGCUUCAGUAGGACAAAAUACUUUCUUUGACGUUUUAAAAUAUGUUGCUGCCCAGUCACCUUCUCAGAAAUCAAGGCAGCAGCGCCCUCAUCAGGAAUCACAGCAACCACAACAGCAGCAACCACAGGUGCAGGUGCAACUGCAGCAGCCGCAACCUCAAAAACAAGCAGCACCUGUUAUGCGCAGAGCAGCAUCUAUUGCUGCUCGGCAGGCAGCAAUGGCACAGCAAUCUCAGGAGACUAAACCCAUUCCAUCUUCGCCCAAGAUCAAGCGUCAAACAUCAGGGAAAUCUGGUUCAGUGGCACCCACAAAGCCUGCAGCAGCUGCAUCCACACCAAAACCUGGCGGUAGCCCAAAGAAAGGUGAGGCCAAACCUGCUGCCGACCCAGUUCAAACUCCAGCCACAGGUGCCGAUUCACCAAAGUCCGAGCCUAGCGCCCCACCACUCCCUGAAGCCGAAGGAAUAGACAAGAUGGCCAUUGACGAGCUCAGUGGUGAUGCUGCAGAGGGCGCAGAAGGGCUUGACCCUGCGCUCGAGGAGACGCCGAUGGAGGAGACGAUCCGUGUGACGCGCGCCAAGCUAAGGAGGCGCACGGCCACUGAGGAUCCUGCUGGGAAUUAG